CAUGGGACCCCGAGGAAUCCAGCUCUUGGCAAUUCUCCUGGUCCUGGGGCUGUGGGCCCCCGCAAGGGCCCAGAAACCUUCCCCCUGUCGGUGCUCACGGAUCACCCCCCAGAAGCGGGAGAACUGUGGAUUCCCGGGCAUCACCAGCGACCAGUGCUUCGCCUCCGGGUGCUGCUUCGACUCCAACUUCGCCGGGGUCCCUUGGUGCUUCCACCCCCUCCCAAAGCAAGAGUCGGAAGAGUGCGUCAUGGAGGUCUCAGCCCGCAGGAACUGCGGGUACCCGGGCAUCAGCCCCGAGGAGUGUGCGUCCCGCAAGUGCUGCUUUUCCGACAACAUCGUAGAAGUGCCUUGGUGCUUCUUCCCGAUCUCCGUGCAGGAUUGUCAUUAUUAAGAGGAGUCCCUCCCAAGAACCCAGCGGGUUCCCUGGAUGUUUGGAAAUGAAGAGAAGUCACCAUCCUUUCUCAGGUU